AGUCCUCUAUCUAUGUAUAUGUGUGUCGCUCGCUUCCUCUUCCGUGUCUGGCUACAUUUUUGUUUGCAUUACUUUGGAUUUUUUGACGCCUUUUCCCUAUUCUCUCUAGACAUCCGCGUUGCCUCAUACAAUUUUCAACUUUUGCCUAGGCUCUGGUUUUUGAGAGUACCUUUUGCUUGCAAAGAGGACUGUGAAACUUACUACAAGUUGAACAUAUAAUAUGCUUUAAUAACAUUUAUGAUUCUUGACAUGUAAACUGGUACAUUGUAUAGGAUGGCCGCGAGUUACAAUUAAUUCAAUACUUUGAUUCAUUUGUUCAACAUGAUCAUAUUCACGACCCGCGCACAACAACAUAUUUUUUUGUACCAGCAGACCCAGUUUGGAGGCGUUGUACGAGUAAAUGGCCAAUUACGACAAGCGUUGUUAUCACAGAGCAACAUUCUGACGCCAUGAUUCCUGUUUUCUUUCAGUGGGUAACAGCUGACACAAAGUGAAUUAGAAACAAAGGAAAACUUACUCGCCAUCGCUGAUUGGUAUGCUCAUACAGUAUUACAGGGAUGCCGAAGGAAAAAUAUGAUCCGCCCGACCCAAGGCGGAUGUACACGAUAAUGUCCACUGAGGAGGCAGCCAACGGGAAGAAGUCAUACUGGGCUGAGCUCGAAAUCAGUGGUAAAGUGAGGAGUCUGAGCACCACAUUAUGGACGUUGACUCACCUCACUGCUCUUCAUAUCGGCGAUAACUCCCUCUCUCGUAUCCCGCCCGACAUUGCCAAACUUCAAAACCUGGUGUACCUGGACCUCUCAUCCAACAAGAUCAGGAGCCUGCCCGCCGAGCUUGGCGACGUAGUGUCUCUCAGGGAACUUCUUUUAAACAACAACCAGUUGCGGCUUCUACCUUUUGAGCUUGGAAAACUGUUUCAGUUACAAACACUGGGGUUAAAAGGAAACCCACUUGCACAAGAAAUAUUGAACCUCUACCAGGAGCAUGAUGGCACGAGGAAACUGCUCAACUACCUUCUGGACAAUCUGUCAGGGACCAAAGGAGUCAGCUCAGAGCAGCCCCCACCCAGAUCAUGGAUUGUUCAGGCCGAGCCGGACCGGGCAAGAACAGCAGCCCUGUUCUCAGUGAUGUGCUACAACGUGCUGUGCGAUAAGUACGCCACGCGCCAGCUCUACGGCUACUGUCCCUCCUGGGCCCUCAACUGGGAGUACAGGAAGAAGUCCAUCAUGCAGGAGAUCCUGAACUGCAGCGCUGACAUCAUCAGCCUACAGGAAGUGGAAACAGUUCAGUACUACAGCUAUUUCCUGCCAGAGCUGAAGGAGCAAGGUUACGAGGGCUUCUUUAGCCCUAAGUCCCGUGCCAGGACCAUGUCAGAGUGCGACCGCAAGCAUGUGGAUGGCUGCGCCAUAUUUUACAGAACCGAAAAAUUCAGCCUGGUACAGAAACACACAGUGGAAUUCAACCAGCUGGCUAUGGCCAACUCUGAGGGCUCUGAGGCCAUGCUCAACAGAGUCAUGACUAAGGACAACAUUGGUGUGGCUGCGCUUCUAGAGGUGCGCAAGGAGAUGAUGGAGCAGUCUGCGGGGAAGUCUCUGCUCGGCAUGGAGAAACAGCUCCUCCUGGUGGCCAACGCCCACAUGCACUGGGACCCGGCGUACUCAGACGUCAAGGUGGUCCAGACGGUCAUGUUCCUGUCUGAGGUGAAGAACAUCGUGGACAAGGCCACACGCAGCCUCAAGCUCUCCUCCGUCUCCGGGGAGACCAACGCCGUCCCACUCGUCCUGUGUGCUGACCUCAACUCACUACCUGACUCUGGUGUGGUGGAGUUCCUGAGCUCGGGCGGAGUGGACAGCACCCACAAGGACUUCAAGGAGCUGCGCUACAUCGAAAGCCUCACCAACUUCAACUGCAACGGCAAGAACGGCGCGUCCAACGGCAGGAUCACCCACGGCUUCAAGCUGAAGAGUGCCUAUGAAAACGCCCUGAUGCCUUACACCAACUACACCUUCGACUUCAAGGGUAUCAUUGACUACAUCUUCUACUCUCAGCCUACGCUCAAUGUGUUGGGGGUUCUGGGUCCCCUGGAUCCUCACUGGCUCCAUGAGAACAAUAUCAGCGGAUGUCCCCACCCCCACAUCCCCUCCGAUCACUUCUCCCUGUUUGCACAACUGGAGCUGCUCCUUUCCUACCCGUCAUCAGUCAACGGACUCCACCUGCCAGGGCGCAGGUAGAUCUCUGAGCCACAAGAGGGAGCUGUUGCUCCAAUCUCGUUAAAUUCUUCCUGCAAAGUCUAUGAACUUUCUGGAUAAAUCUAUGUACAAUCGGAGGGGGGGGGGUUAUGGCCAACAUUUCCCCCAUGGAUUUUAACUGAAGCAAAAGCUCACGGCAAUCUCAACGAUAAGUCUUUACCUCCUUUUCUGGGCACAAUUUGAUGUUGUAUAAUUUUGACACCAUAUCCCACUUUGCGGUCUUGUCACCUGCAGAUAAAUAGUUGAAUUGUAUUGUCUGGCGAAUGGUAAAUACGGAGGGAGUCGUGGUGUCACCACAGUCCAGCCUGAGCAGGCAGCUAAAUCUCAAGACGCCACCAAUCAACUAGAUAAAUGGCCGAUAUACCUGUUUUAACCAGUCAGUCUCAGCUGCUACAUCUCCAAAUCCAUUCCCUUGCAUUGCUGUAUCUUGCCAUAAAGGUGUGUGUAGUAGGUUUGGAGGUGCUGGAGAGAGCAGGCCAAACAUUCCGCUUUUUCCACUCGCCGGUGCGGAGACCCCCUCUUCAGGUGCUAAAAGCCCGUCCUCUAACUCAGCGGCUCCAUUUUAUACUGAGUGGCGCAAUCGCUCUGUGCAGUUAAGGCACAACGGCAUUUCCAAACCUCUUUUGAAAGUCUACUGUAAAAUGUCUAUUACAGUGGAACAGUGAUGUAACAGUGAUGAUACGUGUACAUGUUCCGGCUUGUAGCGGAUCUAGAUUAACAGCUCACUCCUGGUCUGUUUUUAUAGCCUAACAUGAACAGAGCAAAAUGACGGGACCACCUUUUGAAUAUUUCAAUGAAAUUUAUCCUUCUAGUCACACGUGCCAUCAUUUUGAAUCUAGCGUCAGAUAUUAAAAUAUUACGACAACCACCUGUCAUUCACUCUGAGUGACCGUUAGUGAUCCUUAGCGAUGGGGCUUAGGGAUUUGGAAAAAGGAAAAUGGUCCCUUGUGGUCAGUCUGACUUGGCAGCUUCCCAACAUGUUGUCGUAGGCCAGAGAGCCCAUAUCUGACCUCAUAGCUGUGUAGCCAUAUGGAAUUGGGCAGGGGCCAAGUUGUUAAGUCACAUUAUGGUUUAAAGCUGGGUGGACAGUCCCCUAAAAUAUGCUCCAACAGACAUCUGUGGCACUGUCUUAGAGGCCAGUAGCAAACCUCCCUUUUUAAAGACAUCCAGGGUUAUUCCUUUCCAUUACUAAUAGAGAUUUGUUUGAUACAGAAACUUGGACUCAACUUGAUUGUAUAUGAACUGCAGAAGUCAUAAUACGCUGCGUUAUUUUGUACCUGUAAGUAUGGUCAGUUUUUGCUAAAAGGAUUGUAUUGUAAAUUUAAGGCAACAUUUGUAUCUAUUUUAAAUGUUUAAGGAAAUGUAAAAGGCCAGCUUGUACAAUAGUUUUUUUCAGGUUUCCGCUGUUGAAAUUUGCACUCUACCAGGUUACAGUUCCCUGAUGAACCAACUUUUUAAUUUUUUCAAAAUAUAAAAAUGGAAUGCAUUUCACAGAGGCAGGUUUCUGGCAUUGUUGCCACAUCUCUUUUGGCAUUUGAGAUAAAACCUGAAACAUUUUGCCUCACUGAUUCUGUUCUCAAAAAGGCGCUGUCAGUGAACACCUGAACAGUCUCCUAUUUUUCUCUGAAGUGUUUUAAACAUUGUUAGACGUUUUUUAUUAGAUAUCAGAAUUUGUUAUUUCCUUGUCUUAGUUAUCGAUAUUUAGAGUAAUCUGGAUUUUUUUUAGCAGACUACACUAUAAACCACUCUUGUCUCUAACGUAUUUAGUUCUGUUUUUAUCAUGUCCUCUUUAUUUUUAUUUAUUUUAUUUUGUCUUUCCGAGGAACCCGAUCAUGAUGAAGCCUCAGUCUUGGGUAAAAAUAGUUGUAUCUGACUCCUCAACUCAGGCGAUUCUCUUUUUAAGUGUUGUUUCAUGUUUUUUUUUAUGUCUAUUGCUAGACCAUUCUACUUCAAGACCAUGUGUAAUGUCCACGUACAUACUGUACAGACAAUAUCAAGGUAAAAAAGGGGGCAGAAUGUGUUAUUCCUAAAUAUUGCUCGAUGAGUCCGUUGUGACCCAGAACUAUGGUGCGGUCCAGUCCAUUGUGACCCAGAACUGGCGUGAUCCAGCUCUUUUCCAAACCACAGUGGAUACAGUUGAAGUCGGAAGUUUACAUACACCUUAGCCAAAUACAUUUAAAGUCAGUUUUUCACAAUUCUUUCA